GGCAGCAAGUGGUGGGCGCCCAGACGGACCGCGACGAAGACGACGACCGGCUCGGUGCGCCCGGCCGGGACGAGGAGCGGCGGCGGCGGCGGCGAAACCGAUUCGUCCGUGGUCGUUGCCGGUCGGGAGUCGGCGCGUAUUCAGUAUACGUGCGGGACCGGUUGCCGAGCGGGUCGUUUUCGCGCUCGCGAGUUUGGUGUAUUCUGCGUGUGCGUUUCGACGGAAAUUUUUCGUUUUUAUUUUCGAGAAUUCUUCUGCCGUGUGGUGUUUUUUUUUUCGACGUUGGUCAUAAUAUUUGUAGUCGUUAUUCGUCCGCACGAAUACCGCGGGUAAGUGGCCGCAGUUUCUGCCUUUUUAUAACGAUAAUAUUAUACGAUUGGUAGUUAUAACCCGAACCGCGGGCCGAGCUGACAUUUGAGUAUAAUAUAAAUAAAACGCGCACCCCCCUGCGUUUAACGACCCGAGUUAUAUAGGUGCGCAAGGUGUCCCGCGAAGAUAACAUCCGACACAGAGCAUAAUAAAUAAUAAAGAAUUUAUUGCUGAGACUACGGACGGUUCGAAAGCGAAGUGCGAACCGCUGAAACAGUAUAAUGGGUCCUACGGUAGCGGCCACUACGACCGCGUUGGCGGAAUCGUCGGACGGCGACCACAGUGCCAAAAAAAAGGGCAUACGGCGGCUGUUGACGCCCGCCAUAUUCGCGGGCGGCGACCACAAGAACAAGCAGUCGGCGGCGGCGGCGGCGGCUGUGGACGUCGGUAGCGCGGCCGCAGUUCACAACCACCAACACCGCCCACCCAGCAACAACCGACCGCCCGGCACCAACAACAACAAGACCAUCAUCGAGACGGCAUUUGUCAACAACAACAACAACGGCAACGGUAACUCUACCGGAAACGUAGCGUACCGGUUGCAGCAACAGCAACAGCAACUGCAGCGGUUUCGGUACGCGCAAGGGGCCGACCGGCACGCCGUCGACGUGACCGACUUCCGGUCCCGGAGCGUCAGUCCCGGAUCGUUCGACCGGGACGUUAACGCCAAUUACGGCAGCGUCGAACGUCGGACGGACAGCCCUUGUUCGCUGUUGUCAUCGUCGUCGACGUCGUCGCUGCUGCCCUCGCCUUCGGGCAGGCGGUCCGCUCCCAUAAUACCGUACUCUCAGUAUUACAACAACAGGAACGGAGGCGGCGACGGCGGCAGCGGCGGUUCGCAGCAGCAACGGAUGUUGCUCAUGCCGGUCGGCGCGCAGGUCAAGAUCACCGCGCCGCCUUCGUCGAACACCGCGGUGUACGCUGCCGCCGUCCGUCAACAUCGACUGCAACAGCAACAGCAGCAACAGCAACGGCAGGAACAACAGGCCAUAUACGGCAACGUGGUGGCCGGCGCCGCGGGCCCGUUCGUCCGGGGGUCCCCGCACCGGGCCACCAUCGGGUGCGUCCGGGAAUCGCCGGCCCGGCAGUCGACCAUUUACGAGACUGAAGAGGACGUCGUUGCUUCCGCCGCGGCGGGCGAGAAGAGGUUUCAGCCGAUUUUCAAGAGAGGCGCCCUGCAAGAGCCAGCCGCCGACCCGUCAGCUGUGGCCGCCGGACAUACGUCGCCGCCGCCACUAUCGUCCGGCUGCAGUCCGAAGAGGGUGAGUUUUUCGCCGGGGCCGUCCGAACCACCCGCGUACUGGCCCACCAAGAAAGGCCCGUCCCCGCAACCGCCCACCCGCCAACGGUCGACCGACUCACCGGUGGCCGCGGAACGGCCACUGCCGCUCGUGCCCAAACGGAGCCCGUCCACGUCGGCCAUUUACGGCACGCUGCAACAGCGCGGCGGCCAACAGCGGCCGCACCAGCAGCAGCAGCAGCCGCCGACGCCGAUCCGGUGGUGGCCACCGCCGUCGCCGUCUCCGCUGCACCAGCACUACCAACAGUCCGGCAGCGAGUCCGGUAGCGAGGCCGGCGAAGUGCAACGAAUACUGAAUGCCAAGAACGGUCAUCGGCUGGUCAUCGACGAUGAUUGGAGUGGAGACGGAAAAACCAGAGGGGCCGCUGAACAAGCCGGUGACGAACUCCGCCGUGGCCGUUCUUCGAGGAGAGACGAUCCCCGGCGGCACACGCUGUCCGGCGAUCAACAUCACAACUAUCAACCGGCCCUGACAAGGUCCAUGGACUUGGAGAUGGGAACGAAAAUGCAACGGAAAAAAUCUCCUGCGUCCAGAGGAGGAUAUCCACCGGCUACUGGGAUGCUGUUCGAUGACGAUCCAGGCAUAAUGUCCGAGGUGGAAACCAGUUCUACCGGGUUCCGAAGAGGUAACAAGCAAAGGAGCUCAUUGCCGGUCGUCAGAACCCCGUCGAAAACUUUAGAGCGACCAUUGGGUGACCCGAUGUUGAAUGACGAAAUGGCUUUCCAUAAUAUGAUGACUCACCCACGACAAAGUUUAGGUCUGGUAUUCUUGCAAUACCGUAGUGAAACGAAAAGAGCACUGUUACCGAAUGAAAUCACCUCCAUAGACACGGUCAAGGCGCUGUUCGUCCGGUCUUUUCCAAAACAACUCACCAUGGAAUACAUGGACUCAGCACUCGUCAAGAUCUACAUUCACGAUUCGUCGAAAGACAUGUUUUACGAGCUGGAAGAUCUCAGGUCACACCUCAACGACAUCCGUGAUCGGUCGGUGCUGCGACUUUUCGAGUCAGCCGAGGGUGGCCCGCUACCCCAGGGCCUCACGAUAGCUGCACCUACGUGGGACCAAGAUCAAUCGUACUUUAGCGAGCCGGAAUUCGAUUCGGAAUACCAACAUCAACACAUACACAAGACCAAGGGCAGCAAAUGCACCAGCGGCGGCGCUCCAGGACAACCUUACUACAUGACCCAUCAGUUCCCGCCCGGGUCGUCGGCCACGCUGCCAAACAGGGGCCGUCCACCCACCGGGUCCAUACCGGCUCGGGCGUAUUCGCCGGCCGUGCCGCCCGUGGCGGCCAACAAAUCGUCAGGGUACAUGUCAUCGCCGGAGAGAGCUAGUUCUAGGACCGGCGGGUACACGGCCGCCCCGUACAUGUCUCCGGGGGGAUCGUCGUUCGACGACAACUCGUAUUAUGGCUAUGGACCCAGGACCGGGUCCAUCACGCCCGUGAUCGACGAAGAGACCAGCGACAACGAGCUCAUGGAAGACCCGUUUACCAUGUACGCCGCGAAACCGUCGUCGAUAUCCAAAAGACCGACGUACGGCAACCCGCCGACCGUACCCUACGACGCCACAAGGAUACGAGUGGAAAACAUGGAGAGACAGAUCGCUAAUCUAACGGGAUUGGUUCAGAAAGCUUUGACGCACGCACCGGUCGUGGCACCGCCGUUCAGAAAUGCUAGUGAUGAGUUCGAUAAAGUCUCCGGCGGAAGCACCACGUCUCUAGCAGAGGAACCAUACAAGCGGUCUGACACUAAACCUCCCAAACUCGGACGAGACAAAUCAGUUUCGUUUGAGAAAUCUGUAUCGUUCAGCGACGAGCCACCGGACAUGAACUCGCCGAAACAACAUUCGCCACAGAGUUCAGCGGACACGAAACCUGCGAAACCGGCAAUUAAAUCGUCUACGUUACCUAGAACAGCGUCUCAAGAAAAAGACAGAUUUAAGCCUCAUCCUCCGCCCAAGCCGUCCGCCAUACCCGGACAAUAUGACGACAGACACUUGUACAGCGAUCUACAGCUGACGCCGGAAAUGUACAACCAACUGAGAGUUCUGCAGAAAAAGGCAAAAGACUUGCGGCAAGAAGCCCGAAACCUGAGGAGAAUGUCUCAGGCACAGGCCCACUCCAUUCGCGAAACCAUCAAAGACACGUUCAUAAAAAUAAGAACGUUGAUCGCUUCCGGCGCCGACCAGGCGUGGAGCGAAUCCGGAUCGAAGGAAAGGGCACACGUGGACCGGGAAGAGGACAUAUACAGACAGGAGAUUAUCAGGCUGGAAACGGACUUAACGGAGCUCGAGAGCACGGUGGAAGAACUGCGGGGAAACGUCAUUAACAAGAAGUCCAGGGUAAACAUGUCGGACGUGGAAAACAUGGCGCUUGUGCUCAGCAAAUCCAGCAAAACGGUUGCCGAGUUGAAAUUGAGGUUCCCGAGUUUACAAGAGUCGAUCCGUACAGUAUUGACGAAGGAAAUGGACAGAGCGGUUACCGAGGAAAAGUUUCUCAAAGAAGAGCCGGAUCGUCUAGAAAGCGCCCUCAAACGGUGUAAAAAAUUAACCGGAACGCUUGUAACACUCAAGAGGCUCGCUUCCGUCCAGGAACAACGUCUGCCCGACGCCAGACUGUCGCCCACCAACGAAGACAACACUCCGCCGAUCACGCCUACAUCGUCCGCCAAGGGGAGUGUCGCUGGACAGGGGAGUGUCGUGGAGCAGACCGGAACAGGAACAGACGACGGCAGCGGUAGUGCUGGAAAGCGCGAGCCAACCGGUGCGGAGAACGCACUCGACACUCUGCUAGACGAACUGCAGACUAUCCCGGCGGCGGUGUCAGUGGCGGCGGUGUCAGUGGCGACGGCGGUGGCGGCGGAGUCAGUGGAGUCAGUGGCGGUGGAACCGACGACGGCAGCGGCGGAGGCGGGGGCGGUGGAAGCGACGGCGGUCACCGUGCCGGUCACCGGUCCGGCGGUCGCGGUAGCCCCGAAACCGGUAUUGCGACGUCUGAGCAGCACGUCUUCGGAGGCCGGGGGCAAGCCGCCCGUGCCCGAACGGACGCCCGACCUGCAGAACAAGCGUAUGCCUCCGCCGCCGCCCCCGCGGACUAGUUCCAAGUCACCGGUGGCGUCGCCGACCACGGCGGGCAGCGCGGUGGGGGGCCCCACGUCGUCGCCCAGGGGCUCGGUGUCGUCGUCGUCGGCCGGCGGUAGCCCGCCAAGCCGGAAGGGGUCGCUGACCACCGUGGCCCUCAGCGGUUGCGGCAAACCGCCCAUGCCCGAACCACCGGCGGCCACCGCGCAGCAACCGCCGCCGUCUCCGGCCGCGCUGACAGCCGUCGCGACGACCACCAGACAGGAACAGUUGGAGCAGCGGCACCAGGAACUGUUGAAGAAGCAGAAGGCGCUGCAGGAACAGUACACGCGGCUGCAGCAGUUGCAGCGGUCGCAGCCGCCGCCCGACCUGCUCCAGCUCAAGAAGACGGGCAGCGAGGGCAACCUGCUGUUGAAGAUGGGUCUGUCCAUGAGCGCGGCCGCCCCCAUAUCGGGUUCGCUCACCCAGCUGGCCGCCGCCGUUUCUACUAACACCACUAGCAGCAGCAGCAGCACCACCACCACUGCCACCGACGACGCCGCCGAAAAGCAACGGCCAACCGCAAACAACAAGGCCGCCACCGCCGCGACGACGACGACCGUCAGCAAAGUGUACGAGACGGACAUCAUAUGACCCAUGACCGACGUCUGAAACGUGUAACGGCAAAUCGAUCAUCGCGUGUGUGUCUCGAAUUGGUGAGCGUCGGUUGUGCGUUGUUUUAAUAUUAUUUUCGUCGUCGUCGUCGUCGUCGUCGAUGUUGUUGUUGUUGUUGUUGUAAUAUAAUAUAUAUAUAUAUAUGCGAUGCUGUUGUGGUAAACGUCGCCACUGCAUCCACUGCCGCCACUGCAUCCACCGCCGCUCAGCCCGGAUUUCCGGUUACCGUCUUCGCGCCGCCGCCUCUUUCUCUCAUACAAUGACAUAUUAUUUAUAAUAACAUUCACUCUAACGAUUUUAAUUUUAAGUGUCGGGUAACGGUAACGGGGCGACAAUAUUGUUCGUCGUACUCAAAAAGGUAACGUCGUAGUGAUCGGAUUGCUGCAAUAUCAACCUAUAUGUACUGCGAACAAAUUAUAUUUUCGAAAGCAACGCGAAAAACCCGCGAGCCUCGGAAACCGUUUUCUCAAGACCGAUUCAGAUACCGACUAUUGUUCAACUUCGCGAAAACAAUGAAAUCUCUUUCAGAGAAAUGCGCGACUCUUGUUCUAGACGUACGCGUAACGCCAUCUACUUUUUAUUUUUGUAACGACAGUGCGGACGACGUCUUACCCGACUUUGCCGGAUAUCGAAUAAUAAUUUAUUAUACCUACCCGACUGUUGGGGUGCCGCUCAAACACCCCACGACCCAUUCCAUAAUGUGGGGUGCGGAAAUCAAUUAAACGAUACGUAGGUAUAAUGUUAUACGUGAGCACCCCGUGAAAUUAUUUGGAAAACCCGGCGCCCGCCCCCCCCCCCCCCAGGCUAUACCCCCUAUACCUAAUGGGUACCCGUUGAAAAACGGUCGUGCCACCACCCCGCCCCAACCCGUCCGAGAGGAUUGUCUCAAAAUCGGAAACAUUUGUAAUGUGUUGGCUUUUGCAGGUCACGGCUCACAUGCUCAAUAACCCUGUACAUAAUAUUAUAUAAUAUUAUAUUAUAAUAUAGUUGUAAUAAUAAUAAUCAUUAUUAUUUAUCGAUACGUUAUUGAUAAGUACCAAUAUUAAAUAAUAUUAUCAUCGCGAACGUAAUAUUAUUCCUAUACCGUUUGAAACCCGACGAGGAUCGCUCGUCAUUCCGGUCGCGGUAUAAGCCGCUAAAACGCGCGAAACGUCGGCAUUAAUUAUAGUUGUUUUUGAGUUGGAAUACAAUGCAAUGCAAUACACGACAGUCGUUCGUCGUACAUCAGAGUCGGAAGUCGGAGGAGCCGGUUUCGGAACAAUAUCGAAUAUUACAAUAUCAUAAUAAUAUCAUCCACGAAAGUAGUACCCCGGUCAUAACCAUCUUCGGGGGGACCUAUACUAUAUCAUAGGGAAUCAGAUCAGAACUUCGUCGUAGGUAUCCGAACGACAAAACCGUAUACCGCACCUGUGAGAUAUGAUACCGAACAAAUUAGAAUUAAGUACCUCAUUGGCUACACGGCUGGAAAUCGUUUUGUAAUAAGCGGAUUUUACUGUGCAUAUUAUGUUAUGCGGGUGUUACGGCGAACCUAAUAUCAAUAUGAUUUAUAUCGUUAUGGUGUUAGGCAUCUAUGCUAUACAUGGCGAUCUCUCUCUGCUGGACCACAAACCGGGCGAACGAGGAUUUAAUUCAUAACUCCGAUAUUCUUUGUAACAAUAACAUUAGGUGUAUCACAUCACUACUGUGUUAUAAUUAAAGACCGGAUUUAUAUUCUCUUAAAAUACCUUAAAUAUGAUGCUAAUAUUCUCGAAAAAACCUUAAAAUAUUCUCAUUAUAUUCUCUUAAAAAUUAAAAAAAUAUGCUAAAAUAUGCAAAAUAUACAAAAAAAAAAAGCAAAAAUAUGCAAAAAUAAUCAAUUAACAUCAUUAUAUUUACUUUAAUAUGCAUUUAAAAUUUUUUUUUUUCAAUUUUAUAUUAAUAGUGAGUUAAUUAUUAGGUAUUUAAAGUUUCGUAUUCUAAUGGAAUAUUAUUGCACUUUAGUAAGAGUUGGAAAUGAUAAAAUAAAAAAUUGUAAAUGUUCAAAAAAAUUUUACCGUAAUAUUAAAAUUAAAAAUAAAUACAAAUUUUUUCUCACAAUUUACGAAAUAUUCCAAAAUAUGCUAAAUGAGUUAAAUAUUCUCUAACCCAUAAAUUAAUAUUCUCAAAUAUGCAAAAAAAACUUUUUUCCAUGCAUUCAGAAUUGAACAAAUCAUCCACAUUUUUUACUCUCAUAAGACCGCAUAGACCCAGUAACGAUAUGUAAAAACAUAUAAAUCCGGUAUUUAGUUAUAAUUAUUAUUUACUCACUCCCCUCCAAGCGUGUUCGCGUACGGUUUCUAUACGACUGUGCGUUUACUAGACGUGCAUGCCUAUGAUUAUUAUAAUAACACGAUCGAAUCGACAAGUGAACGCGUGGGUGUUGGUUUUCAUUAAAUUUUUUUUUUACUUUAAGCAUUAAUCUCUUCCGGUCGUGCCUAAAAAACCGUUCCUAGAUUAUUAAUAUUAUUAUUAUUAUUAUUAUUUGUAGUUGUUGUCGGUGUCGUUGUCGCUGCGUGCUCGCGUCGUCCAUCGUUUCCGGACUACAAUAUUCUUUUAAGUUUUGAAAAAAUAUGUAUAUAAUAUUUCGGACGCGAUCGACCGGCCACGUCGACGUCGCGACGUAUUACUUCUAUAGCCUUUCUUCGGCGUUUAAAGUGCCGUCGACCGAAUGUGCACCAAUAAUAAUAAUAACGAUGAUUGCUCCCGACGCAAAUCCACGUGCCCGGUAAAGAGAGGGAAAUUUCACCAACGUUUUUCUAUCGACAGUGUGUGUGUGGGGGGAGGGAGGAAAAUUUUGAAGGUAACUGUUGGUAUAUUAUAUGCGCCUUGAAGUCACCGUGUACGACACAUAAUCGGGGCAUAGGUAUUUGGCUGUAUAUGUAUUGACAACCCGACGAGCGCAUUCGAUUUAUUUUCCGACCUAUACAUAUUAUUAUAAUACGCGUACAACUUUCAUAAUGUCCUGCACGCGAAUUCUGUCAAAAUACGUCACUUACGUAAUUGCGAUCAAUCGCGAAUAAAAUGGUUUCGCGUGAUGACGUAUAAGUCUGCAGUUCCGCCGAUUGUGGUCAUUGUAAAAGAUUAUUAUUGUUCCGUUUUUGGCCGACGUGGAUUUUUGACAUUAGUCAGGUGACCUAGGGGGUCGAGGUGGCCGCUGCAGGGGCACUGAAACUGCAGGUUUUCAGAAUUGAUUUUAAAAAAACCGACGAAAUAAUAUUAUUGGACCAAAGCGCACGACGCGUCGUGACAGUAAAAUUAUUCAAAAAAAAAAAAAUACAAAUAUUUCAUCGGGACGACCGCGCCAUCUCUUCCGCGUUUUCGUCGUAAGCUGGAUCCGUUUAAACUUCAAGUUCGAAAUUUACCGCACCAAAAUAUUAUAAUGUGAUCCCCCUAUAAGGCGCCGCUAGCAUGCCACUGUCUUGGUCGUUUUUUUGAAACGAUAUUAUAUCAUUCACUGCAAAAAUACGCGUUGUCUACCCACAUAAUAUUAUUGUUGUGCUUGACAAAGCAUGUUGUUUCGGUUAAGCUGUUUUUUUGAACUAAUAGUUAUAAUAUAUUGUUUAGUGGACACCGUCGUCGAGACAUCAUAAAAUCCUAUUUUUAAUGUCGGCCGUUUUCGCUGCCCCACUCUCUACAACCUGUAAUAACAAAUACACGAAUCACGAUAGUAAUAAUAUGAUGUCUAAUAAUGACAAUUAAUAUUAUUAUUAUUAUUUGUGAUCAUUGCACGUCAUAAUAAUUAUACAAAUUUUGUACACUGAGCAAAUAUUAAUAUCGUUACACUGACGAUUUGUAUAUUCAGCACACACACACACACACACACACACACACACGUUAUUAUAAGUCAUUAUAUUAUAUUAUUAUUAUUAUUAUUAUUACAUAUUUUAUAUUACGAUAAUUAUUAUUAAUGUACCUACCUACUUGAUUUGUAUUCAUCUCGAUUUAUUUAUUUUAUAACUAUUAUUACUACUGGUGUAAUAUAUUAUUAUUAUUAUUAUUAUAUAUAUGAAUUACCUAUAUCUAAACCUACGUGUAUUUAUUAUUAUUAUUAUUAUUAUUAUUAUUAUUGUAUUUGGUCGUUGUGCGAUUUUUUUUUUUUUAUGCGUUAUUAUAUAAUAUAGACAUUAAAAUUAUCAUUAAAAAAAAUAAAUAACGAAACCAUAUACAAUCACUGUUUACAUGUACAUUAUUAUAAUAAGCAUUACUACUAAAAUAUAAUAAUAUUAUAUUAGUUUACUAUUAUUUGCGAAUGCGAAGAUCGGCCUGCCGGCCAUUAUAAUGUCUUAUGCAAAUUACGAAAUUGUACGCCAUCGCGGGUGUAACAUACAUAAUAUUAUAUAUUAUAUAUAUAUAUACAUAAACAAUUAUGAUUAUUUAUUAUAUUUAUUAUUAUUAUUAUUAUUAUUAUUAUUACUAUUCUUAAUAAAAAUAUCUACACGUUGUUUGAA